UUUAAAUUCGCCCCCAUAUGUUGCUUCUGCCUUUCCUUUUGUGCAGAAAUCCACAUGUAAUUAACCCGCAGUAUCUCCUAUGCCACUGCACACUGCUCAGUAUUUACAGUGUGAUACAGUCAGCUUGACAGACGCGUGUCCUGCAAGCGUGUGGACGUAUCAGAUGAUAAGGUGGCUAAAGCCUAUAAAUACGGCUGUCUGAGCCAUAGUGUUCAAACUCUGCUGCACCACCUGAGGACAUUUGCCCGGCUUCUUACAGGAUGUGGAAAGAAGAGCCGUCACACAUUUUUAUUUUCCUUUUCGAGCCCGAAUCAAUCGCACCCACGAUCUACUAAAAUGUUUUUUCCCUGUGCGUAAAAUGCCGCGCUCAGUGCGUCCUGGCGCGGACGAUUCCGUGGAAAAGGUGCGGAGUCCGUCGCGUUCCCUUCACGCCUUACUGCUGUGGGUCGGUACUGUGCAGGAAUGCAAAAUCUGGAUGAAAGAGCGUCCUUUAGAGCUCAGGCAUGCAUCGAGUAGUGAGAUCAUUGGCGUUAUAAAUAUCCCCGUGCCAGCAGAACUACUCCAGCUACUGCAGCCGGGGUAAUGCCCAGGAGCGCUGCACGCGUGUGUGCGCAGGGUUUUCUGGAGCCCAGACCUCAGGAGCGACACAAAAAUGCUAGAAGUGGUCUAGCAAGUGUUUCCUUUCUGGAAGAAUGAAUGUCCCUCUUUACCUUCUGACCUUCGCUUACUUGAUUUGCGCCGCCGCCGGGACAGGGCACGUCUCUGUGGAGAGCCAACUCCUGGAGAAGGGAAUCAGUUCGGGACGCAGGACUUGCAGACUCUACUGUAGGGUUGGCAUCGGCUUCCAUCUCCAGAUUCAUCCCGACGGCAGAGUCAACGGCAGCCAUGAGCCCAACCAGUUGAGUGUCCUGGAGCUUUUUGCGGUUUCUCAGGGGGUCAUUGGUAUCAAAGGGGUCUACAGUAACAGAUUCCUGGCCAUGAAUAAAAGAGGACGACUCCACGCCACCGAAUGGUUCUCAGACGACUGUAAGUUCAGGGAACGCUUCCAGGAGAACAGCUACAACACUUACGCCUCAGUAAUCCACAGGAACCACAGGACUGGUCGCGAGUGGUUCGUGGCCCUCAACAAGAGGGGGAAAGCCAAAAUGGGUUCCAGCCCGCGGGUCAAAUCCCAGCAUGUCUCCACCCACUUUUUGCCCAGGGUCAGCCUGCACGACAACGGCGAGCGAGGUUUCACCAUCACAGACAGGAGCAAAGAGCGGAGGAAAAGCCCGCUGCCCCCGUCGGCGAACAAAUCUCCCCUGGUGACUGCUAAUGUCCAGGCGGGAGCGGCACCUAGACGUACACAGGUCAAGUACUGGCCCAAGUACAGGUUUGGAUAGGUUUAUGGAUGUCGGACCUAUAGAUCAUGGUCAUUUACCGCAUUCAAAGCAUUCCGGGUAUUUAUGAAAUGUGUGUAAAAAGAAAAAACUCAAAGGGCUGCCAGGUACAACAAUUGAGCUUUUCAUGGCUGGGAGUCGUCUUUCCACUUGUGUUGAGAGUGUGUUCUCUUUUACGCAAUCAUUUGUGUAGGUGAUGCUGUAAAAGCUGAAAUCUAUAAUGUUCUUGAUGGGGAGUAAGUCAGCAUUAAAAGUAUUCACGCUUUUCUGCUGUUUUGCUACUUGAAUGAAAGAUGCUCUCUAUCUGGUGAUGCUGACGAAGAGACUGAACGAAAAUAAUUAUGGGAUAAGAGUGGACAAGGAACUAGAGCUUUCCUUCACUCAGAAUAACAUACCUCUUGUUAAUGGUUCUUUUUUUUAUGUAGAUUGUGCAAGAAAGGCAGCUGAACAUGCAACCUGAGUCAAGUUACAGGGUCAUUUUAGUUUUAAAUUUAAAACCCAUAUUCCUUUAUUUUAUUGCCAUUUAAUAGACUAAGUGCAUUCAUUAAACAUCUCAUGACGCUCUUCCAUGCAGAUGACAAACACACGUUAUGGAUUUCAGCUUUAAACAUGGAAAAAAAAAUACGCAUAUACACAAAUACGCUUGGUCUCCCUGUUGGUUAAAUCUAAAUGCUAUGAUAAAUUAGAGUGUAAAGCAUGAUUUUUUUGAGAAAAACUCUCUCCCUCACGGAAGGUCUCCUGCCUAAACAUACACCCCGACCAACUGUCCCCCUCUCCUAACGCUGGAUUUGUGAUAAUCAACAAGAAAACGUCGGCCUGUUCUCCAGAGUCUCCCUCCUCCUCCUUGACAGCUGUGAGGGAUCAAGGAGAAAACUGUCCAUCAAAACUAUCAUUUUAGCGACCGGCUGUCCCCCGCCCCCUCCGAAAAAAUCCAGAGUCACGACCUCACGGCAUUCCGCCCAGGAGGAGCACACACACACACCGCCGCCACCGCAGGGAUAAAGAUGCCCGGGAAGAGCAGUGCUUGUUUUGGGGAGCGUUGGAGCCGAAGGUGUAUCGGAUGGCCAACAGCCGUGGAGGGAGCCUCGCAGGAACUUAGGGACGUCUCAGGGGAAGAGGACGUGGUUCGGUUGUGAAGAACACAGAGUUGACCUGUCUGAGAGCCUCAUUUGUGGAAUUAAAU